AUGGCACAAAGAAUAAUUCUAUAUGACGGAGUCUGCAAUUUAUGCAAUUCUUUUGUGGAUUUUGCGCAAAAUCGAAGUCCCAGGAAUUUUUUUACUUUUAUUCCUUAUCAAGAAUCCCAAGACCUGCUAUUCCGUUUAAAAUUAUUGCUUCAGCUCCUCACAUAGUAGAGUCUAUUUUUUCAUUUAAAAUCUUAGGCUAAAAAAUGCCAUAUUAAUUUUGCCUGGCCAGGACUGAAAUUAAUAUAUAAAAAGUAUUAUAUUACAAUACCCACAAAUACCUAGAGACAUGAGUUCAAUGGCUUAUAUAGAAAAUGAUACUAUUUACCUUUAUUCAGACUCCACACUAAAGGUCUGUUCUUAUCUGAGCUAUCCAGCUUAUUUUCUUUCAUGGUCCAGAGUUCUCCCAAAAUGCAUCAGAGACCCUGCCUAUCGGUUUGUCGGGCGAAAUCGCUAUAAAUGGUUUGGAACCUGCCAAUGCUCAAAAUCCGAUUAA